CAAUGACGGCCGCCGUGGCAGGGCCCGGGCGCCUCCCUCUCCUCGUCAUUCUGGGCGCCACGGGGACCGGCAAGUCGAAGCUCGCCAUCGAAAUGGCGAGGAGGUUCGGCGGGGAGGUCAUCAGCGCCGACUCCAUGCAGGGGCUGGUCGUCUCACGAAGGGGCGGUCCCUGGUGCGUGCUGCUCGGCAUGGCGACUCGCGAUCGACUAACGAUUUCCGCGGGCCCGCCACAAAUGACCAGGUGUUGAAGAAGAAUGGGACCUCGUGAUGCUGUCCGUUAUCCGGUUUACCGAGGCCUGGACAUCAUCACUAACAAGGUGACGGAAGAGGAGCAGAAGAUGUGUCCUCACCACAUGAUCAGCUUCGUGGAUCCCCUCGUCACCAACUACACCGUCACCGACUUCCGCAACAAAGCGCUGCCCAUCAUUGAAGGCCUCUUUGCAAAGAGGAAGCUGCCCAUCGUGGUGGGAGGAACCAACUACUACAUCGAGGCCCUGCUGUGGAAGGUGCUGCUUGACUCGAAGGUCGACCGAGCCACGGCGGAGGAGGGUGGCAGCGAUGGUUGGCGCGAAGACCGGAAGGAGGCUCUGGAGAGGAGCGACCCCACGGAACUCCACCGGAUGCUGUCUGAGGUCGACCCCGCCAUGGCCGCCCGCAUCCACCCCCACGAUGUGCGCAAGUUGGCACGGAGCCUGCAGGUGUACGAGGAGCUGGGAGUCCCGCACAGUGAGCUGCUGCUCAGACAGCAGCUGGAGGAGGGAGGGGGCCCACUCGGUGGGCCGCUGAGGUUCCCCCUCACCUGCAUCCUGUGGUUACACGCGCAGCAGGAUGUGCUCGGAGAACGUCUGGAUGCGCGCGUGGAGCAGAUGAUGUCCCAGGGCCUCUUAUCGGAGCUGUCGCUCUUCCACCAGCGCCACAACCAGCAGCGACUCGCCAGUGGCAGCCAUGACUAUGAACACGGCCUCUUCCAGUCGAUCGGCUUCAAGGAGUUCCACGGAUUUCUGACGCGGCCAGCGGAGUGCAGGCCCGAGCAGGAGGCGGCCCUGCUGCAGCAAGGUGUUGAGGCGCUCAAACUGGCGACACGGCGCUACGCGCGCAAGCAGAACAAGUGGGUGAAGAACCGCUUCCUCAAACGGCCCGGCCCCGCGGUGCCGCCCGUGUACGGGGUGGACGUAACAGACGUGUCUCGCUGGGAGGACACGGUGCUGGAGCCUGCGCUGCGCAUGCUGAGCAGCAUCGUGAAGGGUGAGACACCGCCGGUGGAGCCCCUUUGCCGGGAGCCGGUGGAGCCGGGGUCCAAACGACGACGCCACGAUUGCUCUGCGUGUGGCCGCGUGGUGAUGGGGGACGAGCCGUGGCGAGCGCACCUCAAGUCCAAGGGCCACCAGCACCACUUGCGGCGAGAGAGGAACCCUCAUGGUGAUCGCGGGCGAGCGCACGACAGCGCAGCGACUCCCCCUGUGACGCCGCUCACCGAGGUCACGGCUACCUCCUAACGCCGACUUCCGCACCACGCCAUGCCGCUUCACCGGAGACAAAACCCGAGACGAGUUCACGCGACCACGUGCACCGCUCUCCGUUCCAGACUUGUCGAGGUCUCCUUGACAUUUUAGACCGCGUUCACACGGUGUGCCUUUUAUUUUGGAGCACGUUGAAAGCCUUGCGGCCGCGAGAGCCGAUUAAAUGGUGGUUUUACGAUGGGCCCGGCUCGCGACCGCGGAGUUAAGGAUGAGCCGACGUCUUGUAAAUGAAACCACACACGGGCACACGUCCCGCACGCUCGGCACGAAGGAAUUGAGGAAGCUCGGCGGGUGGAGCCGUACUCCCGCACGGCGCGGGAACGCGGCACGACGGAGUCGCCGACACGGCACUGAGCACCCGGUACGGCCGCCUGCAACGUGGAACCCCACCCCACCCGGUCCAUGCCGUGCCUAGCGAUAGAUGUCCGAUGCACAGGGUUCACGGGGGCAGGGCGCACGUCACUUGGUUAAGCUUCUGCGGAUCUGCUGGGCUCGUUGCUGGAGCUUUGUGCAGUGGGGGUGCUGCCGACCAGUGCUUGCUGGAGACCUGCCUUUGUCCUCGGUAGAGAUGACGCGAUUGCUGUCGACGCCACUCGGGAAGCACGUGCGUGUGAGGAGGGUUACCAUGGAAAAACCUACAUUCGUUUUUAACGCCGGCUCCCCGUUAUCCCUGCCGGCUAAAAAUAAAGCGCCAGUUACAUUUUUA